AUGUAGCUAGCGCACAUUUUUGUAUCUUUAGAUUAAGGAAAAUUAUAACUCACUCACAAGAUUGGUGUUCAAAGUCAAUGGAAUUAGAAUGCUAGUGAUAAAUGAAAAAAAUGUGAAGUCAAAAUCAACGGACAAUGACGAGACCAAAAUUACAGAUUCCACACAUCUACUUCAUUCUGAAGAUACCGAGACGGUGCGACUUCUCGGAGAAAGCACGCAGGACACUGUAAAAUCUCCUGGACCAAGGCAUUUCUUUCGUCAUUCCUUCGUUUUAAGUUUAGGAAUUUUCCUGUUGGUCAUCGCCUUCACUAUUACACAGCAUGGUGUACUCAACCAAUACGUGUACUUUUACUUCCACAAACACUAUUUUGGUAAUCUGUCUUUCCAGGUCAAUCCUACGGAGAAGUCAUACUGCAAAGCCAACAAUGUUUCGUCAGAUAUCACAGAAGCUGAGAACAAAAUCCAAGUUUUAGCCUCACAGUUUCUAAUUUACACUUCCUUAGCAUUGUUCAUUCCUCCUGUACUUGGAAACCUUUUCUUUGCUACGCUGAGCGACACAUAUGGAAGAAAACCUUUCAUUGUCCUUCCAAUUGCAGGGGCUUUCCUCAGAUAUGUCUUAUUUGUAAUUGGUAUUCACUACGAGGUGAAUCUUUACUGGUUGAUUGUUUUCUUGCUUGUAGAGGGUGCAACAGGGGGGCUUUUUAGUUUGCUUUCUGUAGCUUUGUCAUACGUUGCUGAUAUAACAGAACCCGGAGACAACCGUGUUUUCUUGUUGGUGAUUAUUGAGGUAUGCGCCGGUGUUGGUGGGCUUGUAGGGUCCUUGUCUUCUGGCUAUCUGAUUCGUGCACUUGGUUUCACUAUAUCAACGCUUAUUUCAACGAUAUGUGUAUUUCUAUCUGUUUUAAUAAUAGGACUGUUCCUUCCUGAAUCUCUACCUCAUGAGGUUAAGUUGAUAUCAAAGAGGUUACAGAUCUGUGAUAAAUUAAAAGGAGUGACUACGUUUUACACCAGCAACAGAUACGGAAAAGGGACUCAGUGGCGAUAUGUGUUUUCUAUUUUGGUUGGUAUAUGUGUUCAACUAGGUUUGCAAGGUAAAGCUAGUGUUGAAACCCUGUAUCAAUUGAAUGCACCGUUUUGUUGGGAUUCGGUGCUUAUCGGCUGGUUCAUUGCCAUUCGGAUCACAUUUGCCUACAUCGUUGGCUUGGUGCUUCUUCGCCUUCUGCAACGUUGCAUAUCAAUUGAAUUCUGUGGUGUUAUUGGAGCAGCAUCGCACGCUAGUUCCUUUUUUCUUGAAGCCUUUGCGGAGAAGAGUUUUGAAAUGUUUUUUGUUCCUGUAGUAGGAUUUGGAUCUGCAAUGAUUGGACCGAUUAUGAAAGGAUUCAUGUCCAAAAUGACUCCGGCAGACAAACAAGGGACCUUAUUUGCGGGGAUUGGUAUGGCCGACUCUCUUUGUAACAUUAUCGGUAUCACCGUCGGUAACGCUGUAUAUAGCGCUACGGUAGCCAAAAUGAGGGGUUUUGUGUUUCUUAUGUUUGCUGGGAUUAGUACUGUGGCAGUUAUCUUAAUAUUCAUUCUCUGGUUGGCUGGUAGGAUUGGUGGAUCCAAAGAUAUGACUUACACAGAAAAAGAAAUUGUUGUUGACCCAGAGGAGAAAUAGAGGGCUAAUUGCGAACAACAACAAAAAUCAAUGCUGAACUUGUAUUAUUAUACUGAAAUUUAAAUAAAGGAAUUAAGAUAAAACUUCAGCAUUGGCGGAUCCACAGGGGGUCCCGGGAGUUGGACCCCCUUUAUUUUUGCAACGUAGUGAGAGAGAGAGAGAUAGAAAAUAAAACGUGUUUUCUGGAAUAGAUAUUUUUACAUGGUUUUUGAAUAGGAACGUACUUUAAUUCAAAACACCUCGAUCGGCAAUCUUUGUCCAUUCCACUUACAGAUCUAGUCUUGCGUAUUUACUUUCAUCCAUUUACCUUCAUUAUCCCCCCUUCCCUAAGCGUUUUCAUUUACGAGUGAAUGAUAGGAAAUAUCAACUUGAUCUAGUAUACGAUAAGUAACGUGAGAUUUCAAUCUGAUAACAUCGAAAUAUUAUGGCGGAAUUUGGCUAUAUCAUUUUCGGAGUAUCUUCUGAGGAACUAACUUAAAUUAGUUAUUAAAGGGAGUAUGCAUAAGAGAAUUUUUCUCUCCCUGUAUAUGUGUGUGUGUGUCUCUGAGUGUGUGUGUCGGGAGGAGGGGGGGGAGGGGUGCAACACGUUGAAACCUCCUUUCAAAAACUGCUGGAUCCGCCCCUGUUCAGAACGUACCUGUAUGUCAUUCGAAAUGUAAAAAUUAUAAUAUACAUGUACCUGACAGUAUGCAUUGUAAAAGGAUACAAUCAGAAUCCCAAUUAUUAUUGCUUUCUCGAUAAGAGGUGCAUUUUUAAAUUUUCGGUUCAAGUAUUUCGCUACGUCGGAUAAUGCGUUUUGCUUCCUCACCUCGUAUUCGCUGGCACAUAAGGCCCCAAUAAACUGCCUCCACUUGUCUCUGGCUGCUGCCCUUGCUGACGCCCACCUACUCCACUUUGUCUGUAUCCUUUCCUGCCCAUUAGAUUCUUAAGUUGCUUUUGGUCCAUGCACGGAUCAAGAGGGGGAUCGGGAUGUCUGGACCCCCUCCCCGGAGGAUUUUCAGAUUUAUUUCAAAUUUAAUUUAUACGUAAAGUAAUCAAAAAUUGACCUUGGACCCCAUGCUAGGAAACACACUCUUCGUGAAUUGGUAAGGAGAACCAUGUACAUGUAUACGAAAUACAUGUAUAUAUGAAAAUUGACUUGGGAAAGUGAUCAUGACUUGCGACCCCUACCCCUCCUUUCUACGAAAUAGUUUUUUCAGGUUUGAGGAAGUUUUUUUUAGCUCACCUGAGCCGAAGACUCAAUUGAGCUUUUCUGAUCAAAGAGUGCCAGGCGUCCAUCUGUCGUGCGUAAAGUUUUCACAUUUUUUAUUUCUUUUCAAGAACUACUGGGUCAAUUUCAACCAAACUUGUUACAAAGUAUCUUUAGGUGAAGGGGAUUUAAUUAAAUUUCUUCAAAUGAAAGCCCAUGCAUGCUUGCUUUUAAGUGGAGAAAAUUAAGAAUAAGUGAAAAUUUGCUGGUAUCUUUUAAAAAUCUUCUCAAUAAUCACUGGUCAAAAAAAAAAAAGUAACUUAAGUGAAAGCUUCAUUACGUAGUAUAGAUAGUAUAGAUUCAAGUUUGUUAAAUCAUGACCCCAGGGGCUAAGGUUGGGCCACAAUCGACAAUUAAACUUUUAAAUUGGAAUAUAUAGGAACAAUCUUUAAAAAUCUUUUCCUAAAGAACAGCAAAGCCAUGAUAAGUCAUAUUUAUGUCCACAAAUUUUGCUAUGUACAACUAAAAUCAAAAAACUGGCAAUUCGCAGC